GCGCGGCUCGGUUGACGUGGCCGGCGUUGUUGAGCAUAACCGGGCCGAUUCAAACUCGAACCGGGCGUUCAGUGGCGUCCUUUCUCCGUUCCGCCGGUUAAAACAACAACAAACGAGUGAACAAAAGCCACGCUCCUGAUUGUCCGCUGUGUGUUCCCGAAGUCACACCGGUAAUUUCUCAUUCUUAAGUGAAGAAAAAAGAAAAGGAUGUCGGGGAAGAUGAAGAGCAGGAGCGCGGCGAACGCGGACUCGGUGUCGGGCAGCGUCUCCUGCGACGAGCGCAUCCUGAAGGACUGCCAUCAGAUGUACACGGAUACAGACAGCGGAUUAAUAACGAUUGCUCAGUCUGUCGGCGUGACUUUGCUGCCUCCCAGGAAGAAGAUCACUGUGAUGCUGAUGGGAAACCACUCUGCUGGAAAAAGCUCCUUUAUUAACUGGUACAUAGAGGAGCACAUCCAGAGGACCGGAGUUGCGAUUGAGACGCAGGGCUUCACUUUUGUCACUAGUGGGCGUAAGAGGGAGUCGCUCACGGGUAAUGCAACACUCCACCUGUAUCCUCACUUUAAGCAACUUCAGGAGUUUAAAGGUGUGUCUGAAUAUGUUGGAACCGAGAUCUGCACAUCUCGGCAGAAACGUUUCAGUUUGGUGACGUUUGUGGACUCUCCUGGACUGGUGGACGGUGAUAUGAAGUAUCCUUUCAACGUGGACGAGGCCAUCCUUUGGCUAGGUGAUGUGUGCGAUUUGAUCCUGGUCUUCUUCGACCCGAUGGGACAGGCUCUGUGCAAGCGCACGCUCAACAUUGUGGAGCAACUCAACGACAGGCAGGGAGAUCGUCUCCGCUUCUACCUCAGCAAAGCGGACGAGGCUGGGGGAGAGUCGGACAGACAGAGAGUGAUGAUGCAGAUUGUGCAGGAGUUGUGCAAACGUCCAGGACUGAACAAGUGUGGCUUUGACAUGCCUACUAUUUACAUCCCCAAUCCCAACAAGCCCAGUCGAUGUGUUAAUCAGAUUGAGGAUGUGUGUCGGACCAUAGAGAAGACAAUCAAUCAGACAGUGCAGAAUACACUGAACACACUGGAGAAGGAUUGCGAGCUCAUCUCCGAGGCGAUUAGCGAUACCCUGAACAACGACUGGGAGUGCACUAUGGCGAACAGGCGUGCCCGCUGUAAGAGCUGUUUUUUGGGCCUGUUGGGCUUCAGCGUACCCUUAUUGCUACUCUUCGCUCUGGUUCUCGGCACUCUAUCCAGAGACAUGCUGGAUCUAGCACUGGGUGCUGAGGGCACUGAGUCACUCUCGCUAUAUCUGGCUCCAGUCGUGAAGGCGUCUGAAUCUCUGUCUGGGGAAACACAGCUGUAUAUUUGUGGUGGCCUCGUGCUGCUCUCCUUCAUCCUCCUUAUCCUCGCUCGGGUCUCUUCCCGCACAAGGCCGACUCUGUCUGGAAAACAAAAGAGGCAGUUGAAGGAAAAACUGGAUUAUGUGCAGGAGGUGGUAAAGAACAAAAAGAAGAAGCUUUAUGAAGAGUACCUCCGGCAGAGUGUUGGUGAUCAUGAUAUGGACUAAAGUUUUUGGCUGAAGGUCUGCUGGGAGUGAUGAGUUGCAAGAGCAGUAAACAAAUCGCAAUAGCCACUAAACAACCCUUCAACGAGUUAAAGUCCAGUUUUCCAGGAUCACUAUUUAGCAGAUACGCACCAGCAUCGUUCACCACUUGUGGGGAGGAAGUCAAAUUAUGCUAAACUAUUUAUGAAGAAAUAAAUAUUAAUAAUGUCCAUUGUGAACACACAGUGUAUUUAAAGGUUGCUGUUAUGGCAUGCACUUAUGCCUGAUGUCCUAACAAAGGCACUGUUCAGUAUUUUUUUUUAGCUUAAUCGUAUUAAUGUUACAUGCCAAAUUCUCUCCACUUCAACCUUACAGCUUUGCAUCAUGUUUUGUUUUGAGUGGAAUGCCUUGCACCGCCUUCAUGUGCAUCACGUUGUACACUUUUUGACUGUCAUUUCAUUGAAAACUUGUACCUCAUUGUUUCCACUGUACGGUACAAAAAAGGAGUCACUUAUUGUUAUAGUUUACAGUAUAACAUCCAAAUUAAGCGUACACUAAAGCUGUGCAAGGAUGAAUUUUACUAAACAUGAAUAAACUAUUUGUAUGCCUUUGUCAUUUUUUUACUGUUUUCUUAAUGUACCUCUCACAAUAAAGUGAAAUAUACAAUCUGGUUAAA